AUGCAAUCCACUGACCGCACUCUAUUCUUUUCCCUGUUCAAUGGUACUGGGCAUGAUUUUCUCGAGGCCAUUCCUUCUGUUAAUUUUCAGCUUCAACUUUCCAACAACGAACUUAUUCACUCCAUAGCUCAAAUACCAUCCAUACUGGAACCCCAGGGUCUUUUUAGAUCAGAUGGUAAACAUCCUGACGGGUCAAAUUCCAUCGAGGAGAGACCAAUUAUUUGUAUGGAACUAUUUAUGUGUCAACUAUAUGAUUUUAUAAAUAUAAUGCUUCAUCGAUUUUUUAAUAUUUUUUGUUGUUAUAUUUAUGUUUGCAGUAUUGAGUGUGAAGAAAAUAAUGCUAAUCGUGAUCAUGUUACAUGGCUAAAGAAAGAAUCCAUUACCCCCGUUCCUACAAAAUUACAGAAUUCUCUUGAUGUGUAUUGUUUUGGUGGUAAAAGAUCCAAUAUUAAAUUUUUAUUGAGCAGUGCAAAACUUAGGUGGAAAUUUAAAAAUGAAAACAAAAAUCAUUUUCUCAUUUUUAAAGGAUCAAAUUAUAGCGACAUUUACAGGCAAUAUAAGCAAACCAUUACUAAUUGGUAUAACUUAAUUCCUUCUUGGAAAGUAUCAAAAAUUAAUUUGGAUACAUUUGAAUUAUCUUGUGUUGGUAUAUACACUAAGGAUAGUUAUGAUGUUCAUUUUAAUUUUUUUUUGGUUGAUUACCAAAAAUUAAUAUUAUUAACUGUUGGGGUGUUUUUAUUUUUUUCUGCAAGUUCAUUAAGCAGAAAUCUAUUGUUUUAUUAUACUUUUGGAAUUAUAUUUGGGAUUCUUGCCUCCUUCCUUAUAAUUGUAUAUUUAAUCAGUCGGCUGAUACCACAAAGAAAAGGUGCCACCUAUUUAUUAUUGGCUGGUGGAUGGUCAUUUUCAUUAUUUAUACUACAGUAUUUGUGGGAAAAUAUACAAUUUAUUAUCCUGAGAUACACAAAUUAUCUUAUUGGAUAUAUCAUAAUAGCUGGUUUUAUUAGUUUUUUAAUUUGCUAUUAUAAAGGCCCACCAAAUAAUCCAAAAACCUUAAGAAUGAUUCAAUGGACCAUCCAAGGAAUAUCACUAUAUUUGAUAUAUCAAGCAUCCAACAAUUUUAAACAAACAUCAAUACUAUUAUCUACAUUUAUUAUACUGACUCAAAAAAUGUUAAGUCACCAAUCUACAGACAAAUGUUCAAAAUAUAACCCUAUUGGAAGGUUAAAACAUACCAUUCACAUUUAUUGUCUUAAAAAAUUUCCUCCCAAAAUUAAAUUGUUAACCGAAGAAGAAUAUAUUCAACAAGGUGAGUUAGAAACAGAAAAACAUUUAAACGAAUUAAAAAAGUAUUGUCAAGGCCCAAACUGUACUCCAUGGAAAUUAGCCAAGAUGCUUAAAAAUCCUAAAAGAUUUGCGUCUUUCAUUGAGGGAGACUCGUUGCAUGUCAGUGAAGAAGAGGCGGCCGAAUGGGAUAACGAUGCAUUUUCUAACCGAGAAUUUUCUUAUUCGUCUAUCGGUGACAAUGAUCAGGAUAGUAAAUUGGCAAAGAAACCUAGCGCCCCUCCUUUGCAUCAAUCCUCAUCUUUUACCAACGAUUACCGCUCCCCGGAAUAUCUAGAUAAACAUAUUUAUCCGCUAAAUCUAUCAAAACGCAACUCCAGAAAUUUAAAUUCGAAUUUUACUCUUAAAAACGACAUCAAUUCCCCUUUGACAAAUAGAAAAGUGCUAAGGAUGGCUCGGUCCUGUAAUGUCACUACCGGUCGAAAUAAUAACGCCGUAAAUUUCAAAGAUUACAGGGAAAGGAAAAAGGUUGGGGAUUAUUUAAGGGAUAUUGAUUCUGAGCAGUCAACAGAUGAUGAGUCAUUCCAUUUAACCGAAGAUGAGAAUGACGAUUUAUUAUAUGUAGAUACGUCGAAAACGAUCACGUAUCCUCCACUUCAUAGAGUGAAUAAAUAUUAGAGCGAUUUCAAAGGCGUAAUUCAGAUCCGGCUAAUGACCUUUAAAUAAGGGGGGGGGGCGAAAUCUCCACAAUAUAAACUCUCAAUCCUCAUAAUUUGUUUGUUUUGUAUUUAUUUUAUUUUUUGAAUGUAAUAUUUUAUAAUGAUUUUAUUAUUUUGUAAACCAAUUCACUUAUAUUUAUGUUUAAAUUCAUUUAAUAAAAUUUAUUAAG